AUUCUGUCAAUAUUAAAUAAUGUUUUCUCUCAUGUUUAAAAUAGGCAAAGAGCAAAACAGAAAAGAAGAAUUUCUGAAAACUCAACAAGGUUUCAGAGAAAAUGCCUACAAGAUUAUCAUGAAGAUGGAUGACUGGUCUAACAUGGCUCCAGGAAGUAAACACUUAGUGGAUGAGAUUCUUCACAGCAUCUUCUUUUUGGGCAAAAUCAAUAAAAUCCCUUUUUCUCCAGAAGAAAUAAUCUCUGAUGGUGAUAUUUUGAAAGCCUUAAAGGAAAAAUUUCCCAGACCUUUUCAGUUCUAUCUGACUCAGCUUCCCAGACGGAGUCCGUUCUCCUGUGUGCUCGACAUGAUUGUCCUGCUGAAGAAUCCAGAGAACGAAGAGCAAAUAAGAAAGAGUCUGCAAGAACUCAUCAAAAACCUUGCUCCACUUUUUCUGGUCUCCUCCACCAUCUGCAUUUCCCAGAAAUCCAAAACUGACCAAAAUUCAGAGAGGUACUACGGAGUCUCCAUGUCCACCAACGGUCCUAACCCGGGGAAAAUUGUGAUUGCUGCCUCCUGUCUUAGCAAAUGGGAUGAAUAUGUAUCUGGUGCAGUGAUGACCUAUUAUCCAAAAAAGGUCAAGAAAGAUUACUUUGAUGGAACCAUUGAAGUACCUGGAGACAUCAGGUGUGAGGCAUUUAAUCUCAGUAAUGAUGAAAAAUUGAACUCUUGCAGAUCAUGUCACAAUUUGUUUGGCUUGAACACAAAAGAAAUAAAAGAGUGGGAUUAUGGUAACUGUGCUGAACCCGAGAGCCUGAGCAACUUGCUUACAAAUGAGGAAGAAGUUAAAAAUAAAACACAUGUGCACGAACACUCAGCUGAAAACAGGCAGAGAGCAGAGGAAGAGGUUCGUAAGGAUCUUAUGAAUGUGUUGCGAACAAUUCAGUUUAAGACAUGGACAGGUGAAUUUUACACCCCAGAAUCAUAAGGUGCAGAGGUGACCUGAUACAUCUGCUUUGGUCUGAUUCUGAUGAAUAAAUGAUGCUCUGACAGAAUGAGUGUGGAUUUGCUCAAACUGUUUACUCUCCAGCUCCGUAUAAUGUGCUUGUUAGAAAUUAUAUGUAAUAAUAAAAUCAGGCUUCUACGUUUUAAUGCAAUAUGAAGCAUGCGAGACAGCAAUUAUUGGGAAGAAACACAUCUUUAUACUGGUCUAUACCCAGGAUCACAUGAAGUAAAAACAAAAAAACCAUUUUUUCCUUUUAUGAUCCCAUCUAUAACCUCUUUCAUAAGCGCUACACAUGUAGUUAUAAUAGUUGUAGCAGUUAUAGCACUAAUUAUAUUUCUGCAUUGUAAAAUCUAACUUGUUUCAGUUUAAUCCUGUAAAGUCUCAACCAUGAAAUAAUUGACAGAAAACUCAACUGGAGUGCUUAUUGAACCUUCUAACAAAUAAAAUAAAUAAACUGCAUAUGUGAGUUGUUUUGUUUUUUUGUUUUUUCC